AUGGCCCAAGAAGCUGAUAUUCCUACAUUCAAGUGCGUGCUGGUCGGUGACGGUGGUACCGGGAAAACGACGUUCGUCAAGCGGCAUUUGACCGGUGAAUUCGAGAAGAAAUACGUGGCAACGUUAGGUGUCGAGGUGCACCCUCUGAUUUUCCACACGAACCGUGGCCCGAUCCGCUUCAACGUUUGGGACACAGCCGGCCAAGAAAAGUUUGGUGGUUUGAGAGACGGGUAUUACAUUCAAGGACAAUGUGCCGUCAUUAUGUUUGACGUUACAUCGAGGGUAACGUACAAAAAUGUACCCAACUGGCACAGGGAUUUAGUUCGUGUUUGUGAAAAUAUACCUAUUGUUCUUUGUGGGAACAAAGUUGACAUUAAGGAUAGGAAAGUAAAAGCCAAGAGCAUCGUCUUUCACAGAAAGAAGAAUCUUCAGUACUACGACAUCAGUGCAAAGAGCAACUACAAUUUUGAGAAACCUUUCCUCUGGUUGGCGCGCAAACUGAUCGGCGAUCCAAAUCUCGAAUUUGUUGCAAUGCCAGCUCUCCUUCCGCCAGAGGUUACAAUGGAUCCACAGUGGCAACAACAGAUAGAGAAGGAUCUGAAGGAAGCGCAGGAGACAGCGUUACCAGAGGACGACGAAGAUCUUUAG